AUGGAGGAGAUGAGUGCUCUACAUUACCAUGCCAUUUCUUUCAACGGGUGCCAAAGAAGGCUGAUGGAUGAUUUUGGCAGGGUUUGGCAACAAGCUGGUUGGGAUGAUGAUUUGAGGUCAAUGAAUCCGGACGACCUAGUCUGCAGUGCAAGGACUUACUCACCACGCAGGGUGUACUUUCGCGUGGAUGCAGCGAACGCACCAUGCAUUCUGCCCUUUCAGGCGGACCUUUUCCGUGCCAGCCCUCCACACGAGCGCAGCAUUGCAGCAUGUCAUCUUGACAUCUGUGCAUUUCUGAGGGCGAUUUUAGGCAGGGAUGUCCUGCAAGACGCACUUCUGGCCAUCUGCUUCUUCUUGCCCGUGAGAGAGAGGCGGGCCUUCAGCUGCCUGGCUACCAGUUUCCGUUCUGCCACAACUCGUGCCUGGAGCAAUGAUCCUUCCGCAAAUGAGCAGACUCUGCUGGCCAUCGUGCGAAAGGACCAGCCCGAGUUACUAUCCAGAGCCAUCACAGAUUCUGGCAUGUGCAAGGCUUCGUUGGGAAGAGUGCUCCUGCAAGCGACUGCAAGAGGUCGGCUGCAUCGUCGCCACCGCUGUUGCCGACUCUUAGGAGAGAUGGGUGCAGUGAUUCGUCCUGAGGACGCUGUCAUGGUGUCAGGUGGAUAUCCUUGCUGUGACGUGCUCUACGUUCGGCAGGAGAAGAAGAGGAAUCAGAUCUGCUACGUAGGUCUUGACUUCUUUAUGCAGCUAGAAUCGCCGUCGGCGGAUCUCGUUGACUCGAUGGUGCUCUUUCAGGCAAGGGUGAGAGAUGCCGCCAAAGCGCGGAAAGAGCCAUUCUGGUGUCAUGUCGAGGAUGGAGGCUACAGUUUGUGCCAUGUUGCAUUUUCCUCCGGCGCGGUUCCGCCCCAGGAUGGGUGGCAUGCUGGAGAGGGCGGCAACAUUCAUACCCGACCAGUGGUUCUUGGAGACUUGCUGUAUUCUGGAAUGAAGAGCAGCGGCCCAAUCCUAGGCGAAUCGGACGUGCAAAAGGCACUUGGAAAGCUGUUCAACCUGGAGACGAGGGGAUUUCGACAUCCGCCCCAAUGGAUUCCCACCGCGGGAAGGAUCCCAGCUUGCGACCACAUAUUUUGA